AUGUCGCACUCUUGUUUGAGUUCCAAAUGGUUAUUGCAAACUUUCUAUCAUGGGAUACUUCUAAUGUGUAUAAGCUCAAAUUCGAAAUCUUCCACAGUUCUAGCUUUUGCAAAUGAGACUGAUCGCCUAGCUUUAGUUGACUUCAAGAAUCGGAUUACUCAAGACCCACUUCAAAUCAUGAGCUCAUGGAAUGACACUAUACAUUUCUGCAACUGGUUAGGUGUUACAUGUAGCCCCUCCUGUAAAAGAGUCACUGUUUUGGACCUGAAAGCUAAGAAAUUGGUUGGCUUCAUAACACCUUCAAUAAGAAAUCUUACCUACCUUACUGGAAUCAACCUACAAAACAACAGCUUCUAUGGUGAAAUUCCUCAAGAAGUGGGAUGUCUACUGCGCCUACAAUAUCUCAAUUUGACUUGGAAUUCCUUUGGUGGAAAAAUUCCAACAAAUCUAAGUUAUUGUACACAACUUGAAGCUCUUGAUGUUGCUGAAAACGAAUUCAUUGGCCGAAUUCCAGACCACCUCAGUUCAUUGUCAAAGUUGGUGUUUCUAAGUCUCGGUCAAUAUAACCUAGUAGGAACUAUCCCAGCUUGGAUAGGUAACUUUUCUUCUUUGAAUGUUCUUAGUCUUGGUCCAAACAAUUUUCAAGGAAACACACCUAGUGAACUUGGCCGUCUAUCAGGCUUGGGCUUUUUUCAGGUUUCUGAGAAUAAUAUAGCUGAUGUUGGUCUUACUCUUCCCAACCUUAAAAACUUUUGGGGUGGUUCUAACCUUUUCACGGGACCUAUUCCCUUGUCUUUCUCAAAUUCUUCUCAUCUUCGGUCACUUGACUUGGGUCAAAAUGGUUUGACUGGCACAGUGCCUCAAAAUCUAGCAAGCUUGCAAAGCUUGGAAGUACUUAGUUUUGAUGGCAAUAGCCUUGGAAAGGGGAUAGAUGGUGACUUAAAUUUUCUUAGUUACUUGGCCAAUUGUACUUUUUUGAAGGGCUUGGGUCUUCACGAUAAUUAUUUUGGUGGAGUAUUGCCCAACUCUAUAGCCAACCUUUCCACCCAGCUACGAAAACUUACAUUGGGCACAAAUAUGAUCCAUGGUGGCAUCCCUAUUGGGAUCGGGAACCUUGUUAACUUACAACAACUAGGACUGGAAUAUAACUAUUUGGGAGGAACUCUCCCUGAUGUUACUGGAAAUCUUCAGAAGUUAAAUAUAGACUGCUACCUUUGCAUCCAUAGUGGUAAUAGCUCUGGAUCUAUCAAUGACACUUGUGGACCAAAGAGGCACAUGGUUGAUUUUGUGGCAAGAGACAAUGGUUCGGAUGAAAGUUUACAGGUGUAA